CGCCGCCAUUCACAAUCGAACUUGAAGUAGUACAGCUGACGACAACGUUGUUGAGGCAGACCAACGUGUUUUUAUUUUGGUUUUCCUGUCAGUGAGUCCUUUAUCGGUCGCACCGUGUAUGAAGUCGUAGGAAGCCAGGAACUAUGUCCUCCCGAGUGAUCAGGAAGCUUCACGGUGACAAAGACAUCGGCCUGGGCAUUCCUGGUGCCUCUUUGGACAGGGAUGGCGACUGCGACAGCGAUGGCUGUGCGGACAGUCCCGUCACAUUUACUGGAGCAACAAAGAAGAAGGCCCACGUCAACCCAUUCGAUUUGUUAAAUGAUCAAUCCAACUCCCCAUCAGAAUCUGAUGGACAAGAUGAAGAAAAUCAUGAAACGGAAGCAUCAAUCGCACAGGCAGGUCAUAAAGCACAAGAAAGUGGAAAGAAAAAGAAAAAAAAGAAGAAGAAGAAGUCAAUGAAGCAGCAGCAGAAUGCAAGAAGUAGUGAAGACAAUGUGGAGGAUGAUGAAGUAGAACGAUCUGUUAGGGAAGUCAAUAGACUCCUUGGCGAGGCCGCUCCAGCCCCCUCUUCACACUAUGAUAUUUAUUCAUCGGGCAACCACAAAUGUUCACUUGGUGUAGAGCAUAAACAUCUAAAUCCAAGUAAUGAGCUUAAGCGUAUAUUUGGAUCCAAAAUCAUUCAAGCUGAAACCAGGAAGAAACGAAACCAAAGAGUUCGCACUCUGAAACCUACUUGGCUAGUGACUGCUAAAGAAAACUGGCAACAAAUUGGAAAGCAAGGUUUAUCAAUGAAGUUAUUGGAAACCAAGGAUGGUAUCUCAUACUUUACCCUUGAUCACAGCACUCUAUACAUGACUGUUGAAAUGAAAUUUUUAGAUGCUGUAGAAAGUUUGCGGCCUGAUAACAUUGUGGCUGUUAUCAAUAUGUAUCCAUACCAUGUGAACUCUUUGUUACAACUAUCUGACAUUUGUCGUCUCAGUGAGGAUCUUGCCAUGGCUGCAGAGUUGGUUGAGAAAGCACUAUUUGCUCUUGAAUGUGCCUUUCACCCUUCAUUUAAUGUUGCAUUAGGCACUUGUCGUCUUGAUUACAAGAGGCAGCAAAACAGGUCCUUGUAUGUUGCCUUAUUUAAGCAUAUCUUAUUUGUUGGUGGACGUGCUUGUUAUCGGACUGCCCUGGAAUUCUGUAAAUUACUUCUUGCUCUUGACCCAGAAGAAGAUCCUUUAGCAAUAGUUCUUGCAAUUGACUUCUAUGCCUUGAGAGCCAGGGAGUAUCAAUGGCUUAUUGACUUUUAUGAAGAAUGGGAGCCAAAAAGAAAUCUGUCCCAGCUUCCUAAUUUUGCCUUCUCUGUAGCAUUUGCUCACUUUCAAUUGUCUCUAGCCCAAAAUGGGUCUGGUGAUACAUCACUUGCUGACAAAAUGCUGCAGGAAGCUCUAAUUAUGUUUCCUGGAGUACUUCAACAGCUUCUGGACAAAUGCUCUGUUGUUGUGGAUUCUAAGAUGUCUUCACAUUCUUUCUUCACUGUGGAUGCAGAUAAAAACCAAAGUCAAUCCUUAGGACAACUCAUUCAACUCUAUGUAAUUCAAAGCUAUCAUGUCUGGAAAGAACCGGAGCUGUUGCCUUGGCUCCAAAAGAAUGCCCAUGCUGUUCUUGACAGAGUUAGUGCCAAUGACCCAAAGAUUGCUGAAGCUGAAAGAAAAAGAGCCAUUCGCUAUGUUGGAACACCUCCGAGAAAUAUUUUGAGAUACAUAUUUUUAUGUGAUAGAAAGGAUCUGACACCCCAGGGCCUACCUGCAAACCAACUAGGACCCAUAAUGUCUCUGGAUCCUUUGCCUCCAUUAGACUCUGUUGAUCUGUACACUCGUCCACAACGUUCUCGCUUAGCUGUUGAGACAAAUGUGUUUACAAAUUUCUUCCGGUCCUUGCUACCACACUUCAAUUUGGAUGAAGCGGAAGCCCUAGUAAAUGAGAACCCGGAAGAGGGUCCAGAGGAUGGUGGUAUGCUUAAUGACAUCACCCUCAGAGUUGGCACAUUGAUGGAAAGUGUAAGAGACCUUAUGGCUAGUAUAACUCAUGGUUCUGAUGAUGCAAAUGAAUCAGAAGGUGAUGAAACUGAUACAGCUUGAUUUGAAAUUAUUAUAAUGACUCAAUAAUAAAUGAAAUCUUAGCCAUUUGGCUAUCAAAUGUCAGCCAGGUGAUAGGUGUUAAUCAAUUACAGUUAUCAUAUCAUAUUCUGUGUGUAAAUUUUAUUUAGUCAGUUUGGUUGUGUAACAUUUCAAUUCAACAAAAUCUUUGAUAAUCUGUUACCCUUUAUUUUAUCUUUUUCUUUCUUUCUUUCCUUCUUUCUUUUCUUUGAAAAAUUUGGGGUUUAUUUUGGGUUCUUACAAUGUUGAUGAAUAAAUAAGAUGAUGCAGGAUUGCUGUUGCUACUUGUCAGUGUGUGACUUGAGCUUAUUUUUCAUGAAAAUGUGAAGCGAUAUUGCGAACCAUAAGUAUUGUUUAAUUUAUGUAGUACCGCUUGUUUGAUCUCUUAAAUGAAUUUGGCGGCGGGAGCGGUGGCUGAAGAACACUUCACUGAUAAUGUAUUCAGUCUGUUCUAUGUAUUCAAUCAACCCUGAUAAAUUUUUUGUUACUAAUCAUGUUUUUUUUUCUUUAAAAAAUCCAUUUAAGUUUUACUGGUUGACCUGUCACAUUAACCCUGACUUGGAACAUCUUUUAUACAUUUAUGAAAGCAUAAAUGAAAUACCACUGUAUGUCCUUGUAUGAGCGCAAGAGCGCGAGAACGAUGCCCAUGAAAGGAGCAGUGCUACUGUACAAGACUGUGAAGUUAUUUUGUUUUUUGUUGCUUAUUAUUAUUAUGAUUAUUGUUUUGUUGGAAAUUUCUUUACCUCCUCACUGAAAAUAAAAGACCUCCUGAUAUUUAUGUGUUGAA